GUGUAUGUGUUUGUGUGUGUUUGCGUCAGACCCUGUGUCUGCAGCAAGAUAGUUUUAGUGUGUCAGUAUUUCUAAUUCCUGUCUGCUUUGUAACUCUAUAUUCUUUCAACCACAUUGUGUGAAUGUGGAGAGAGUGCGCACCCAUGCUGUGUGAGUAGAGGGAAGCACAGCUGAGCACUCUUUUAUCUCUGUCUGUUCUCCCUCCCUCCCUUUUCCUUCCUCAUUCUCACCUCCUUCUCACUUUCUUUUCUCUCGUCACUUGUGUUUUCUCACUAGAUGAACCAGCAUGGUCUAGAGCAGUUUGGAACAGAGAGAAGUGUGUUUGCGUGUGUGUGCGUGUGUGUGCUUUUCUGUGAUUAUGCACAUGCAUAUUUCCUUUAGCGUGAAGUAGAUGUAGCGAUGUAGCGAUGUGUGUGUGUGUGUAUACUGGCUAUGGAUGUGUGUGUUCCUACUGAGAAGAGCUCUGUGCGUGGAGGGGAGUAGAGCACAUCGUCAGUCGCUCCGUCAGUCAGGAUGGUUCAGAGGUUUAGUCUACGCAGACAGUACUCCAAGAUUGAGCGGUUGGAGGUGAGUGGCUUAGCUCAGACCCCCCAGGCAGUGUCGUGUGGGGAGGAUGGGUCUUUCUCUGGGGGUGAUGAUGGCACCCCGGACCCCCAGCGCACCAAGCAGGCCAUCGCCCAGCUGCAGCAGAAAAUCCUGAAGCUCACCGAGCAGAUCAAGAUUGAGCAGACGGCCAGAGACAACAACGUGGCUGAGUACCUCAAACUGGCAAACAAUGCUGACAAGCAGCAGAGUGCCCGCAUCAAACAGGUGUUUGAGAAGAAGAACCAGAAGUCAGCCCAGACCAUCCAGCAGCUGCAGAGGAAGCUGGAACACUACCACCGCAAGCUGAGGGAGGUGGAGCACAACGGCAUCCCUCGCCAGUCCAAGGACGUCCUCAGGGACAUGCAGCAGGGCCUAAAGGGUGUGGGAGCAAAGGUCACAGGCUUCAGCGAAGGUGUGGUGGACAGCGUCAAGGGAGGCCUCACCAGCUUCUCCCAGGCCACACACUCUGCUGCCGCCGGGGUCGUCUCCAAGCCACGAGAGAUCGCCUCGCUGUUCCGCAACAAGUUUGGCAGCGCCGACAACAUCCCCGGGCUGAAGGACUCCUUGGAUGAUCCGUCAUGUGUUGAGGAGGGUUUGAUGGGGGCCGGGGGGAGGUCUCUGGGCCUCGCAGGCCACCACCAUCUGCAGUCCAGUCCCAAGUACGGUAGCGAGGAUGACUGCUCCAGCGCUACCUCAGGGUCGGCAGGGGCCAACAGCACGACUGGGGCCCCCGGAGGCCCCCCCAGCUCCAGGGGGAACACCCUGGAGAGGAGCCAGAGCUCCAGCCUGGACAUGCUGCUGCAGGAAGUGCAGGAGCUGAGGGAAGGCCAGGGGAGACUAGAGGAGAGUCUGGAGGUACUUAAGAGCCACUAUCAGAGGGACUACACUGUCAUCAUGCAGACCCUACAGGAGGAACGAUUCAGGUGUGAGCGUCUGGAGGAGCAGCUGAAUGAUCUGACUGAGCUUCAUCAGAAUGAGAUCCUAAACCUGAAGCAGGAGCUGGCCAGCAUGGAGGAGAAGAUAGCCUACCAGUCCUACGAGAGAGCCAGAGACUCACAGGAAGCCCUGGAAGCGUGUCAGACACGUAUCUCUAAGAUGGAGUUGCAGCAGCAACAGCAGCAGGUGGUCCAGCUAGAGGGCUUAGAGAAUGCCACGGCCCGGACACUGCUGGGGAAGCUCAUCAACGUACUCCUGGCCCUCAUGGCCGUGCUCCUGGUGUUUGUCUCCACCGUAGCCAACUGUGUGAUCCCCCUGAUGAAGACCCGCUCCCGGUCCUUCUCCACCCUCCUCCUCAUCCUGCUCUUCGCCUUCAUCUGGAGGAACUGGGACGCGCUGUCGGGCUGCUGCACGCACCGCGCCCUGCAGCCACCCAGAUGACCGCGUGAAGAGGUGUGGUUCUAUGACUACGCAUGGGGGUGGAACUCUGUCCACACACACACAAGAAGCAGGAUCAGCCUAACUGCCAAUGGGAUGUGGUGGUUGUGUUGACGGACGCCGAGGAAUGAGCCUAUCUGUUGAGCUCAGUGAGAUGGGACUGAGGAGAAAGUCAGGGAAGGAGGGAAGAUGAGAAUACCACUCAAUUCUGACAUUCAUUUAGGAAGAAUGAGACUUUGUUUACAUUUUUGGAGAUCAGAAAUUGUUUUUUUUCUUUCACAGGAUGCAUCCUGAUACUGUUUUAUUUCCUAGGAGUUAAUCAAGUAUAUUAUUGUCGUUAUUAUUAUUUCUAAUAUUAUUAUUAUUAUUAUUAUUUUUAUUUUUUUUAUUCAGUACCAUGUAGCGUUAAGCUCCUCCCACUCUGCACAACGAGGAGCUGUCAGGAAACUGAUUGGAAGUUCACCUCAGGCUCAGGCCCUCUGCAGAGAAAUGCUAUUCUGAUUGUCUGCCUUUCAGGAAGAAAGUGCUCUACCUGGCUGUUAUGGGUAGAAUAUAAAAAGUAGAAUGAAUGCCCUCGCACUUUUCCCCACACGAUGGCUUGAUUCUGAGAUCAGAAGGAACCUUUCUACCGAGGACUUUUUGUUUCCCGGACAAUACUUUGAGUGUCACGCCUAGAGACUCCUCGUGCUUCCGUACAUCCUUUUCAAUUAAGAUAGGUGAUAUCAUGAAUGAUAAUGACUUCUAGAGUGUGGCAACAGCUUAGACAAGAGGGAGGGUUUAACAGUUAGGGCCAUUCGCCACAGAGCCACCAGAGACCAAAGGUACAAAAAAGGCCACUUUGCAGGAAAUGUGGAGUUGCCAUGAUACUGCCAUGCCCACCCAUUGUGUCAGCUGAAGUCCAUGUUGAAAAGGAGUGCUGCUUUUGCCAGACAAAGACAACUGUAUCCACUGCCAUGCUACUGUUGUUCGAUGCGCUGCCUGUAUUACGAAUGUGACUCACUCCAUCACUUACGGUUCUCUCUCUCCCUUUCACUCUCUUUUCAUCCCCAUGUUUCCUCCAAUAUUCUGUCCUAUGUGCCAAAACUCUCCCGUUGCACCUGGUUAAUAAAUAGGGAGGUUUUUAUGUUUUUUCUUUCUUUGGUAUGUAAAGAGAAAAUACCCAGCGCAGGUCAUAUAGCGUUGUGGGGAUGAGAGGCGAAAUGUCAAUUACACCGUAUUCCCUUUAUAGUGCACCACUUUCACUGUGUAUAAUAGAGAAUAAUGUGCCAUUUGUGAUACAAAACAUACAGUUCUCUUCGAUGAUCAGCCAAUUGUGCAUACGGCCUACUUGUAUGUCUCACCUUGGAUUUGAGGUGUAUAACAAAUAAUAUUAGCCUGGUUCCCAGAUCUGUUUGUGCUUUAUUAGCCAACUCCUCUGAUUCAUGGUCAAGACAUUGCAGAAGAAUUUACUAAACAAAGCACACACUGAUAUGGGACCAGGCUAACAGAAUAUACCUUAACAAGGCCACUUCUGAGUAAUUGCUCUGAGAAACUCACUGCUAAUGAUCUGAUGUGUGUUUCCUAAUCCGGGUCCUUGAUUACUGUUGAAUAUGCUGGCUCUCAAUCCAUUUUAUCCUCCCAUUCAUCUGUUCAAGGUCCUUCAGUCGACCUAGCUGACAUGAAUGAGUCCAUCUGAAGUCCAUUCUGCAGCUCCAUUAGGAGCUUGUUUGAAUAUAAUAACUGAUAUUGGGAAUUGCGUUCUGGGACAAGGAUGGAGGAACACUACAUUGGGGCGGCAGGGUAGCCUAGUGGUUAGAGCGUUGGACUAGGCUCCCAGGCUGUCAUUGAAAAUAAGAAUUUGUUCUUAACUGACUUGCCUGGUUAAAUAAAGGUAAAAUUUAAAUUUAAAAAAUGAAAAUGUCCUCCUAUACAUAGCCCACUUAGGCCUAUGUUCAGGAUCAUUGAAACAUAUUUAAACCAGAAAUUGCACUGAAUUUGUGUCUUGUGUCUUGUGUCUUGAUCUUGAACGUGCCACAGGUGAAUGGCUCCUGAGUUUACUUCUGACUUUGGUGUGACCUUGCCGUGUCCUCUCUGGUGUUUGGUAGGGUAGGGUUGUGUGCUAUAAACCACUCGAGUGCCUUCUGAUGUCCUUUUCUAAGUGUGGGACAAUAAAAGUGCAUUCCUGAUUAA